AAGGACGCGUUACGUGCAGAAUCCCCAGCGCGCAGUCUUGAGAAUCGCAUGAAAAUCGCCUCAGCGCGUUGUCAUUUAGCGGUUAAAUUUAGAAAUUAAUUAAAUAUGCAGCAAUAUAAAAAUAUAAAAAUUUAUUCCGAAAUCCAAUCGAAGGAGUUUUGAGUGCUCUAGUGCGUACAGUGUGUUCUUGUGAGUUUUUCCACAAAGGAAAAUUGUGCCAAAUCAGCAGAUAGUCGUUACGUAUACGCAACGUGUGCGGAGUGUUGUUUUAUUGAUUGCCCGCAGUCAAGCCACACUUAAACAAAAAGGAAAAUGCUGAUGAAACAGUGAAGAUUUAAAGAGCAGCAGCCUCUUUUCCGAGGCCUGGGCAGUGAAAUGUGUGCAGCUGACAGUCAAGGUCGCCGACGCCUCAUGUCACCAACAAAAACAUAAGGAUCUACGGAGCGAAGAAUAAAAAACAAUAAUAAUAAAAACAAACGAAGCAUUUUCGCAGGCAGUUCGAAGUCAUCAGCAGCUCAUCAACGAAGCGAACUUAAAAUGCCCAGGAUGGGGAGACGUCACAAACACUGCCGUCACCGGUUGUGCGGUUCAUCUUCAUCUCCGCUGCAGCGGCUGGUGGAGCUGCAGCUACUCCUGCCAGCGGUCCUGGUCGUCCUGCUGGCCACCACCCUAGGACUCGCCUGCCGCGUCUCCGAGUUCUCCUGCAAGGGCAGCGGGAACAGCGGCACCAUCUGCGUGCCCCUGGACAAAUACUGCGACGGACGCAGCGAUUGCGCCGAUGGCAGCGAUGAGCCCAAACAUUGCUCCGUCUGCAAUCGUACAUAUUAUGGCGAUAUCGGACGCACCUAUGCCAUAAAAGUGCCAACGCCACAGUGGAAUAAAUUGCCCUUCCUCUGUCACUUGACAUUCACAGCAUCCGGUCAUGAUCAAGGCGACAUUGUCCAGAUCAUCUUUGAUGGCUUCACAGUGGGAAGGUUCGACGAGGGCAUGGUCGAUACGGAUGUGGAUGGUUACGAAACGAACCUAAGUCCCACGGGCGAGUUGCCCGGAUGUCCCGAGGGCUUCAUGCAGCUCAGCGAAUUGGGACGCCCAUUCACCGGCGGCUCCUGGUGCGGCAAGGCCACCGGACCGCAAUUGUACUUUAGCGAAACAUCCACGGUGACAGCGUCGGUGAAGGUAUUUCAUCCGCCACGCAAUAUCCGAGACGAGAAGCCCUUUGAGUUCAGCAUAAGAUAUAAAUUUAUAAGCCAGUCGGAUGCAGUUGUGAGAUACGGCCUGCCCGAUAAGCCGCUCGAAUUGGGCCGUGUGACACCUGGCACCUAUUGUACGAGGCAAUUCGAUGAAUGCUAUCGUAACAAGUGUCGCCUGCAAAGUCCGAAUUAUCCUGGCAUGUAUCCGAGGAACGUAACCUGCUACUGGACGAUCCGGCAGAAGGAAGUUCCGACCAGCAAGCACGCCAUGAUUGCCGUUAGCCAGGAAAAUCAGCACAAGGCCUUGGUGAAGCGCUCGAUAGCCAGCUUUAAUAAAACCUCACGGUCCAUCCGAGCCUGGUCGGACUGUACAGGCGAGCGGGACCAUUUAAUUUUCUACGACGGCAGCUCUACCAACGAUCCUGUUUUGGCCAAAUACUGCGGAGGAGAUUGGUUGCCACGCGUCGUUUCACGUGGCCCUGAGAUGUUGGUGGCCUUCCACUCGAGCCCAUUUUCAGCGCCUCUGCAGCAGGGAAUCCCGAAUCGGGGCUUCGAACUGGACGUGGACAUACUCUUCACCGAUUCGGACUCGUUUGACUUUGCACAGGGCACCAAGAACCUGUGCGAGUUCCACAUAAAUGCCUCGAAUCCAGAUGAUGUGCUAUUCUCGCGUCGCGGUCGCAUGGGACGCAUUGUGAGUCCGCGUCACACGCUUCCGCCGAAUACGACAUGCACGUACCACUUUCACGGAUAUCCUGGUGACCUGAUUUGGUUAUCGUUCACCAGCUACAAUCUGCAGAUCCUGCAGCAGGCGAUACACGACAACAAUACGCUGGGACGGAGCGAUCUGCCACCGUGGAUAACCCGCCUGAGGAUGUGGGACAGUUAUGGGACAUAUGUGCCCAUGAAAUCGACAAGUUCAACCACCGGCCAACCGCCUCCACCACCUCCCGUUGCCUCAUCGGCGGACGGGGGUAAGCCCACCCUCUUGAACCAAAGUAACUACGGCAGCUACUACUAUAGUGCCAGCAAUCCGAAGCUAAAUCGGAAUCUGCGGGUGAACAUUGACAAUGCCUGGAACCCGGUGGACACCUACAUCUAUGGACCGACGCAGUCGAGUGUUUUUAACCAGGAGAACAAGUACAGUGGCUACCAGGGAGGAGGUCCUAGUGGAGGAUCAUCUGGUGGCUCUGGUAAACCUAUAUCCGGAGUCAAGGAUAGCCUUAACUUUAUAUCCAGUGGCAAGUCUUCGAAAGAAGUCUCAGCUGCUGCAGUCGUUAGUUCGGAUCGAAACAGUGCCGUGGCCUUAAUGAGCACCAAGGGAAAAAGGCGACUUAUGCUGGAAAUCUACGAUUACGAGACUCCAAAAUUGUGUGAUCAUACAGCCAUUGGAAGUGGAGUAAGCGGCAGUAGUGCCGUAAUGGGUGGCAAUAAACAAAGGCCGUGCAGUCCGUUGGAGAGCUAUGUGAGCACCGGAAGAGAUUUGAAACUGGAGUUCCACACGCACACAGGCACCGCCUUAUUCCCAGCGCAGUUUGCCCUUAACUACGAGUUCGUAGACACGGAACAAGGUGGUGAAACCUGGGCUGGAAGACGGGGAGAAGACCCUGUACCGCCACUCUGCUCAAGAAUUUUCAAGAAGCGCAAGGGCAACAUCCAAGUUCCAAGGAAUGUGUUCCUCUACGGACGAGGUGGUGCCAAAAAUAUAACCUGCUUGUAUCGCUUUGAAGCGGGUCCUUCGGAAAGGGUCAAAUUGGUACUACAUAAUGUUUCCUUUGGCGAGGGUACGUCCUGUACUACGGACUCCGAUCUGCAUACGGGUAGACCCCGCUGCAAUCAACUGGAUCCCGAGGGUCGCAUCACGGAGCUGCGGCUGUUUGACGUUCCAUUCAGGGAUGUGAAAAUCCAACUGGGCUGCUUCUGCGAUAAUUCCAGUGCUUUGUACAGCAAUGCCCCUCUCACCUUCGUUUCCCAUUCGAGGAUUAUGGAGCUCUCAUUCACGGUUACAAGAUUGAAUAUAUCGGAGGACUUUGCGGAUGUCUUCUUCUCAGCUUCGUAUGAGUUCAAGAGGCAGCCGGACUGUAGGAAGCAGUUGAAACUCAAGGGAGCCGGAGGAGAGGAUGAGCUUAAGUAUCCACUAAAAACCCAGGAUGCCAGUUGCGAGGGAUUGGCCUGGUACAUUGAAGCCCAAUCGGCUGAGAGGUCGCUCUUCGUUCAGACUUGGGGCGCCUAUCUGCCAGUGGAUCCCACCUCCGAAGAUGCCAUGAGGUGUCACACCAAGAAUCGACUGAUGAUUUAUUCCGGACGACCUCUGCGACCCAUGAGGGUGGUUUGUCCGGCGCAAAGUGGACCCAGGCCAAUGUCGCUGCACAUCUUCUCCGAGGACUGGACCAAUGGGCAGCCCUUGUUCAUGAACAAACCAAUCAGCUUGGUGCUGGAGCCCAUCCUAAAGGAGCCCGGCGACAUCUCCUUCACGUGGCUGGAGAUCCACCGAACCAAGAACGCGUUGCUGCAGCAGUUGGACCUGCAUGUGAAUGCGAGCGUGACCACGGGAAUGGGCUCCCAGACUUCCUCCCAAUCCUCCCAGGGAACCAAUACGGGAAUCGGUGGGCUGGGCACCAGUGGUUCAGGAUCUGCUGCCAACGCCGGAGGCUCUGCAGGCGGGGCAACGGCCAACGAAACGCUGAACGAAUUCGGCUUCUUUCCCAAGGAGUCAGACUGCGAAUACAAAUGUCCUGAAAUUGAUGCAUGCAUAGCGGCCAGCCUGUGGUGUGAUGGUCACCACAACUGCCCCAGCGGAUUCGAUGAAUCAGAGGAGGAGUGCGGCACCGCUCGCAAGCUGCUGGAAUUGCCGGGAGGCGUUUUCGCUGCUCUGGGAUGCAUUGCGGCUGCUUUGACCGCCUGCCUGAUAUUCUGCAUGUUCGGGCUGAUGAGGAAGCGGAAAAAGUCGGUGGUGCAGAAGGGCGCCGGAGUGGGCGGCAUGGGCGUGGGUGGAAUGGGUGUGGGCGGUAUGGGCGUGGGCAUUGGGUUCAUGAACGGAGCGAGCAACGGCAACGUCUCAGCCGCCAGCAUCGGAACCCUGAAGAAGGACUUCAAGAAGGAGGCACUUUACAUCGAUCCGGCCUCCUGACACGGACUCCAGCCGGUCGAAUAUAUCCACGUGGAUCGGGAGACCACUGUGUGAUAUGUUGCCGCCGGCUGUGGCAUUAGCUAUGAUCAUGUGGAGCUUUCCAUGGAGCUGGCCUGACCGAUGGAUCAGUUCGCUGAUCCCGUUCAAAAUCUGGCCUGGAGAUUUUAAAGAUACAGAGUCGACGCCUGGAGGUAUGAGAACACUAAAUGAAACUACAUUUUAAGCUGAUAACUUUUUCUAAACGCUUCUGGGAGUAACAAAAUGCGCAUUGACGAGAAAUGUGUGUAUGUAGUUGUAGGCGAAUGAUGAUGAUUAUUGAGUUGUACAUGAUUUUGAAAAUGUCUACUUUGUAUUUCCGUAAUCAGCUAGUCCUUACUUUUUAGUUUGUUUUUAAAAUUUGAUUUAAAAAAGAAGUCAGGAGCUGGAACUCAGACUUAUAUUGAUAUAUAUUUGCAGCUAUGAGCUUUAAUUUCUAAUGAUGAAAAUAUUUAACUAACAGUUUUUUAGAUAAAGGUGAUUGAAAUUAGAAUUGAAUUAGAAAAAUCAACAAAAAUUUAUACAUUUUAUGAUCAAUUCUCAACAUAUAUAAUAUUUACAGGUUAUUUAGAUAACCUAAGCUCUUCGACGUUUAACAAAAUUGAUAACUUCAAACCAUGAGAAAAAAUUGUAUUUUUUACAACCUUAAAACUAAACUUCCAUACAUUCAUUGACUAACAUAAAUUAUUUUUGUAUACUAACCAGCCUUGACUUCUUCCUAAUUUGUUUCAUUCUAUAACGAAAUAGAAUAUUUCAAAACUACAUACGGCGAGCAAAAAGAGGAAGUAAAACUAUUGUAAAUUAGGUACCUUUAAAGCAGUUAGAUCAGCUAGAGAGCAAGCGAUUCGGGGGCAGUUCGUAGAUGCCUUCGGCAUAUUUACCAUAUGGCACAUAGCACCCAUUAAAGGAAGUAAACAAAUGACAUUUAGCAACUAAAUGGAGAAUAAAUCAUAAACUACAAUGAAAUUGUAUAGAAAGAACAACUCGGUGGGCUGACAGACGCCCAACAGCAUUAACUUUUAAGGGAUUAGACUAGGAAUAAAAACUGUUAGCAGCAUUUGAAACGGAGUUGGGAAAGGUCUGGGAGGAAGGAAAUCUCUAAAGUGUUGUGAUCAAAGGCAUGCACAUACUGAACUAUGUUUAAACACAGGCAAAUCGAAGCAUUUACAUGAUUAAUACUCACACCAAGAGACGUAUAUUGUAUAGGUACUAGCUAACUAUAGUCUAUUAAGAUAUUAAGAUGGCGGCACUUUUGGGUUUUUUAUCGUACAGCACAAACAAACACAUAAGCAAAGGACAUCACUUAGUGGUUUAUUACAUACAUUAUAUACAAGUCGAUACAACAAGUUAAUGAAAUGCAAUUGUUAUUAAUGAAUUAAGUAGAACUCGAAACUCCAAGCCAGAGAUAUGUUCACUUUCCAUCUAAAUCGAAAUCGAGAGAACUGCCAAAGGAUUAUAAAACACAAAACCAAUCAAUGUAAAUAUUUCUGUCGAGCAAUUACUUGUUUUAUGUCAGCAUUUAUGUUCGCACUUCGAACAGAAUCGAUCGUUUCCCAUAAGUAGCUGCAGUAAGUAAUAUUCCUAAAGUUAAACGGACUUUGUAAAAACUACAGGCAAAACUACAGAAAAUAGUAACAAACUGUAUUUUACCACUUAAGACACGGCCCAUAACCCUUAUAAACAAUCAAACUUUUGGCAGUUGCAGUAGGAUUAAGCCAACACCAAAGGAAGAGCGUAAAAGCAAGACAUAAGUACUUUAUUUUAUAGACACUAAACUAGGACAAAAAUUACGAACUGGCCGCAAUGAGAAUUUUAAAAUUUAAGAACCUCUGCCACAUGCAGGCAGAAUCCGCAUCCAUGAAAACCCAUUAAAAUUUCAACUCCAAUAAAGAACCUUACCGACAAGCAUGUGUAUAAAAAAUAUUUAUACGAGUAUAUGAUUUAGUCAGCAAAAAAACUAAAAAGGAAAUAUAUAUACAUAAAUUAAAUCAAAUAUUUUCGGUUUGCAUUUUUUGAUAGCAAAUAACCUAAAUAUUUAUAGCCGAAAACAAAAAUAAAAGAGAAGAAAGGAUAAAACCAGAACGAAACGCACUUUGUACAAUUUACUAAAAAACAAAGAAUUAUGAUUUCCAGACACACACCACAGCAUACAUAUAGGAUAUUUUACACGCAUUCAAAUAAGAGAUAAUAUAAUACUGAAAAAUAUAUGAGAACGAAAACGAAAAUGAAAACAAAUUAAAUUAAUUAAAAACGGCGCAUAGGCUAAAAAUGCAUUGAGGAAAAACCAAAAAUAUUUAAUGAACGAUGUUGGCGAUGCAUUUAAAUAGGUAGCUUUAAGAGCAACUACUUCGUUGGCCACCAUUGUCACACGGACUCACACAAACUCACAUCUCAAUCAUCAGUUCGGUUCAGUUCCUUCUCUCAACCAAACCAAACUAUGGAAAUUUCUGUGCCAACUGUGUUUAAAGUAGAUCCAAAAAAAGUAUCCAAAAGAUAAAAAGCUACGAAUAAAAAAGGAGAGCGAUUGAAGAAAUUGAAUUAUGACCGCGCAUAAAACACUGCAUGUAAUUUAUUUGAAAUGUUCGAAAAUAAAGUAGACGACGAAUAUAAAGAGGAAAACUGAGCGCGAGAUGGUAAAUAAUAAUAAAAUACAGACAGCUGUGUAAAUAGUCGAACUGCGUACAGUCUGCGCAUAUUUAAUUAAAAAACACAAAGUAGAGACCCAAUGAGAUGGAGAGAUCAUGUCUUGUGUUCACUUUUGAAAUCCCCCACUUCUUUUCGCCGUUUGAUAGCGUAAGUUUCACUUGUAUGAUAAAUAAAAACUAAACCAAAUAUUUAUAUAGAGAUAUUAUACGUAUAUGGAAAAGGAAAACCUUAAAAUAAUGACGCACUGAAUCAAAUAGAUGAAACGAGUAUUUAAAAACCAAGACAAUUAAAACCAAAAAAGAACUUUAAGCAAAAAUAAAACUGAGGAAAAAAUGAAAUUUAAAACGGCGCACCUGUCUUUAUUAGCCCCGAAUUUGGGGCUGUGGGUGGGGGAUGGGUGGUUUCUGGGUGGAAUGCCAACUGUUCCGUUU